AUGUCGUCUGCACAAUAUCCUGUCCGUAAUGUCGGCAUCUACCACAAUCUACCUCAAUUCGACCCUCAGCUUUCUGGACUUACAGCUUUGAUCACGGGCGCUAAUGGCAUCUCUGGUUUCAACACACUAAGAGCGCUUUUGAAUUCGCCUCAACGAUGGGGGAAGAUCUACACGUUGUCGAGACGCCCCAUCCCGCCAAGCAUGCUGAAUUUGCUUCCGUUGAAUGUACGCAGUCGAGUUCACCACAUUGGUUGCGAUCUGCAGUCCGACCCGAAAGAGAUCGCAGCCAUUCUAAACGCGGCCGGAGCCGUUGGGAAGGUACAGUACAUCUUCUACUACGCAUAUCUCCAGCCGAAGCCAGAGGAUGGAGAGCCCCUGUGGUCUAACGAUCAGCAACUGGUGGAUGUCAACGUAGCCAUGCUAUCGAAAUUUCUCCAGGCUCUAAGCCAUACCGACAUAAAGCCCAAACGCUUUCUUCUUCAAACGGGGGCCAAAAACUAUGGAACUCACCUUGGACGAGCUCGCACUCCCAACCUUGAAUCUGAUCCUCAACCUCGCCAUCUGGCACCCAAUUUCUACUACCCUCAGGAAGAUCUUGUCUUCGAGUACUGUGCUACAAACGGCGUGGAGUGGAAUGUAAUUCGACCUCCGUUCAUCGUCGGAACAUCCUCGACGGCCCAGAUGAAUGGACUGUACGCAUUCGCCGUGUAUGCUGCUGUUGCUGCUGAGCGCGGAACUACAUUGGCGUUCCCGAGCACCUGGGAGCUUUGGCAGCAAUAUUGCGCGCACCACGGGAGUGCACUCUUGACCGGCUACCUCAGCGAAUGGGUCAUACUCGAGGAUAAAUGCAGGAAUGAAGCAUUCAACAGCCAAGACACAAGCCCAAUCUCUUGGGAUCGUAUCUUUCAUGAACUCGUCCGCUGGUUUGGCGUCCAAAAAGGAGUGCAACCACCCAGUGAAGAUGAUUCUGAUUGGCCCGAGUUCAAGAGCCAACGCAGGUACGGCCCUCCUCAAUCGUGCAAACUUGCUUUUUCAAUGGUGGGAUGGGCCAAAGACCCUGAGAACCACAAGGCCUGGAAAGAUAUAAUGCAGCGGGAAAACUUGACGUUUGAUCCAUUUCUGGAAGUUGAAGCCAAUUUCCUGAUCGGAGAUGUGAUGUUUGUAUUGUUCGGGCCACUCUCAAUGAACAAAGCACGCCGACUAGGAUGGACAGGUUUUGUAGACACCAUGGAGAGCAUCUUUGAGAUGAAUCAGGAGCUGAACGCACUUGGAAUGCUGCCAAAGAUGAAAGUACAGGCACCACUCCCACUUAUUUGA